UUAUAAUCUUUAUUCCCUUCAGAUUUGAAUAGAAGAAAGUCGGAUGACAAUGGCAACAAAAUCUAUUUGCUACGUCAUCAUUAGCAUGACAGUUUUUAUCAGCACAUGCUUAGCUGUGAUAGUAACUGUUGAUAACAUUGGAGAUGUAGUUGAAGGUUCAGAAACGAGAAUAAUGUGUAACAUCGAGCGAAGUAGUUCAAGUAGUACGUCUGUUCCUGGUGUAACCUGGAAUAAUGUCACAAAUGGAGCAAGCGAUCCAAUAGCACAAUAUCAGGGUGGAACUGGAUUUGUAGAUCCUUCAUACAUUGAUAGAUUUAGUGUUGAAGGAGACACAACACUAGUGAUUGCUAACACCAGACGAAGCGACAGCGGCACAUAUCAAUGUAGUGUGGUUAUAUUUGACGACCCACCUUCUGCAUCUGAUGAUACCACACUUAUUGUUACAUAUUUAUACAAGCCUGUAUUGAGUUCCUUCACUACACCUGUGACUGAGGGUGACACAGUUGAGAUGUCAUGUUCUGCAGAUGCUAAUCCAUCACCUACUUACACAUUUUUAAGGGAUGGUGGUGAAGUACAACAACCAGGGGCUUCAUCUACAUUCAGGAUUCAAUCAGUGAGUCGUGACAAAGAUGGCAGUUAUGAGUGCAGGGCCAGUAACAGUGUGGGCACUGAAACAAGUGAAAGUAGAAUGCUGGAUGUACAAU